GCUCAUCUCAAGCCCGGCUGUCUUUUCUGCCUCCCGCCCCAGAGAAUGGCCUCGUCGGCGUCGCUGGAGACUGUCAUGCCUUCGCCCUGCGUCCGCAACGGAGCCGCCAACCCGUCCAAGACGCUGGCCUUCUCCAUCGAGCGCAUCAUGGCCAAGGGCUCCGAGCCGUCGCUGCCCCCGCCGCCGCCGCCCCACAAGCCCGCCGCCGCCGCCUUCGAAGCCGCCCGGCGCAGCGACUCGCCCCACAAGAAGCUGCUGGGCCUGUGCUCGCCCAUCCCCUGCGUGAUCCCCCUCCAGCCCCUGGCCGGCUAUGAGGCGCCCGCCAAGACCCUCCUCAGCAGCUACUCCGAGCUCUGGAAGACCAGCCUGCGCCACUGCUCGACGGCGGCGGCGGCGGCCUUCUGCAAAGCCAACUGCGGCGUAUGCUGCAAAGGAGGCGAGCUGCCGCCGCCGCCCCUGGCCCCGGCGGGCCCGACGCGGGUGAUCAAGCCUCAGGCCAUGCCCCCGCCCGCCGCCGCCGGCCUCUACUACUUCAACUACCUGGAGUCGGCCUCAUACCACCCGUCGGAGCUCUUGCCUGGCCACCUCUUUCCCUCCAGCCUGCUCCACUCGCCCGCCGCCGCCCUCUCGGCUCACCAGAAGCUCUUCCUGCUGGAGAACGCCAAGCUGGCCGGCCUGGCCCCGCCGCUGCCGCCCCCGCCGCCGCCGCCGUCGGACAAGUUCCCCAACGCCCAGUACCCCCACAAGGAGCGCCUGCCCGGCCAGCUCGACCAGGUCAUGAAGGAGAACACGGCCGCAGCCGACAGGACGGCCUCAAGGGGCAGCACGCCAAGCUGGGCGCCAGCGCCGGAGGAGGAGGCGGCGGGCGCCUCGGCCGACGGCAAGCCCAAGAACUUCACCUGCGAAGUGUGCGGCAAGGUCUUCAAUGCCCAUUACAACCUUACGCGCCACAUGCCAGUUCACACGGGCGCCAGGCCGUUCGUGUGCAAAGUUUGUGAAGGCUUCCGCCAGGCCAGCACCCUCUGUAGACACAAAAUCAUCCACACGCAGGAAAAACCUCAUAAGUGUAACCAAUGCGGGAAAGCUUUCAAUAGAAGUUCCACGUUAAACACUCACAUUAGGAUCCACGCGGGCUACAAACCUUUCGUGUGUGAAUUUUGCGGCAAAGGAUUUCAUCAAAAAGGGAAUUACAAGAACCACAAGCUGACGCACAGCGGGGAGAAGCAGUACAAGUGCACCAUCUGCAACAAGGCCUUCCACCAGAUCUACAACCUGACCUUCCACAUGCACACGCACAACGACAAGAAGCCCUUCACCUGCCUCACGUGCGGCAAGGGCUUCUGCCGGAACUUUGACUUGAAGAAGCACGUGCGGAAGCUCCACGACGCCCCCGCCGCCCCCCCGCCGCCCUCAGCCAAGGAGCUCCCGCGCACCACCGGGCAGAGCUAG